AUGUCUUCCAGCUCUGCUAGAUUAGUGUGUGACUUUUGUUCAAGUACUGUGUUCACUUUCAGCGCCUGUCAGCUGGCACUAGCAGCGGAACAAGGUUUUUCCUACACAACGCAAAAGUGGAAAGCGAUCGUAGACGGUGAUGAGGAAGGCUGCACUUUGUGUUGGAUUCUUCGGGAGAAAAUCGUGGAAUUUAAUGGGCUGGCGCGGAACGGAAGCAAGGGACCGCCCGGCGAUGAUGAGGACUUUGAGGUUAGAAUAACCUAUAAUGAGUCCCAACUGAAAGUGGAUAUCAAGAUGCUCCAUCACGAGCAUGUUUAUCCUGUUUACUGCUCGCCCGAUGACCCUGCCGCAGCUUGCAUCUCAGGGCGUAACGUCAUGUGGCAGGUUGGUUCCGACAGGGCCUUUGAACUGGCCUCCAAGCGCAUCGCCGAAUGCGAUAAGUCCCAUCCUUCCUGUCCAAAACUGCACCCCAUCGAGCUGCCAACUCGGGUAGUUGACUGCAAGGAUCUCCAAAAACUGAAGCUUGUCAUUACCAAUGGCAGACAGGGAUCCUACGUGGCAUUGAGCUACGUUUGGGGAGAGCCUCAACCACAUAGCACUACGACAACGAACUUGGCCAGAUAUCAGGAAGAACUCGACAUUCGCCUCUUCCCUAAAACUAUCCGGGACGCCAUCACAUGUACGCAUAAACUCAAACUGCGUUACCUAUGGAUCGACACGCUUUGUAUCUUGCAAGACUCUGCGGAGGACAAGACGCGUGAGAUCGCACGCAUGCACAAUAUUUAUCGUGAUGCGUACGUCACGAUUGUAGCAGCCAGUGCACGAAGGGUCCGCGAGGGCUUCCUGGAAGAUAGAGAUGAUCCCAUGGAAGAAGAUCGUCGCUUGCCGCUCUGGUGCCCGGAUGGGAGGUUGGGCACCAUCUCCGUAUUCGAUGCAUGGUCGUAUACUCCUUAUCGAAAUCCUGUGGAUGAGCGGGCCUGGUGUUUCCAAGAACGCGCCAUGUCUCCUAGAACACUCUUGUACUGCGUAGACUCGCUGCAGUACCAGUACAUCACCGACCCCGAGAUGAGAGAGGUGGGCGGCGCCUCAAUAUAUGGCCAGUCGGAUCGUUAUGUUCCCAGGCUACCGAACAUGAUGAUGGCGUCGCGCACUCCUCCAGACGUGAUAUCCAAGGAGGAUGCCUAUGCACUACGAAAAGCUUGGAAAGAUGUCCUCGCCACAUAUACGCGAAGAGCACUUACGGAUCGCUCCGAUAAACUUCCAGCCAUCUCAGCUGUGGCACAGACUUUCGGAAUGUGGUGGGGACCGGGGCAAUACAUUGCCGGGCUCUGGGAGCAAACAUUGUCCAGUGACCUUCUAUGGAGCAUUCAAGGCGGUUCCACAGACCAUACUGGGUACAUCGCGCCAUCAUGGUCAUGGGCAGCUACAGUCGGUCAGGUAAGCUUGGAUGCUCUGAGAGUCAGUGACAUCCUAUGGGAGAUUCAAGUUUGCGAGGCAGUUCCUGCCACGGAAGGAUUCCUGUUUGGACAGAUCAAAGGGGGCAAACUUCAAGUUAGAGGGAUUGUGAGGAGUGUGAUAUGGGACGGGGAAGAAGUAGAGUUGUUUGAGCGGAGAAGUGAAGCGAUGGGGUACGAGGUGGAAGGUCAGAAUACAACGCAAAGGAGUUCUAUCGGACCGAUCCACCUCAGUAAUCCCGAUCUUCGCAGAAGCUCCACGGGAAUCGAAGGGAACACCACCGCAGCAUUUCCCAAUUUAGUGCUCGCUCAAGCCACGCCCAGCUCGAGUGCAUCAGUAAAGCCUAAUAACAGAGCUGAAAUAGUAAAGCCCUUCAUCAAAAUCGUCAAAAAGCUGGUUCCAUGUGUAACAAACAGGCAUCAUACACCUUCCGAGAUCACUGCUGGCAAGCUUGUACAGCCAUUGAGCAUAUCUGCGCUAGAACGUAUACAAGACCCGGGGAGCAACCUCACGCGAACAAGUCAAGCUGAUCAGACAGCAACAGACGUCUACUUGGCAGGCUCAAUAACUCCUUCUACGCUGCUGACAUCGCCUCAAACGAUUGGUGAAGUUGGCGAACAUUUAAAAUCGUUCCAAUCACCAGAAGUGACCUCGACCUCUCCCUUGAACGAAGUCGCAGUGCUUGCCGCACCAAAAGUGGGGGAGUCGCGUAUCAGUAGGUGUAGCCGGGAAGAGGAAGUUCUCAGCGAUAGCUUGUCGAAUUUGCAACUUAAAUCCGCAGAUGAUGAGACAACAACCAAAGAAUUUCUUCGUCGCUCUGGGUUUGUACAUGUAGGCUAUGUCUAUUUGGAUAGCAAAGAGGGGGCCAUGUUCGAGAAAGGCUUUGCCAUUGUAGUGGGUUCGGACGGUGAUAGUCGUCUGAAUGGGUUGCUUAUCAUGCCUGCGGGGGACGAAGGUGGGCAGGCAGUUUUCCGACGGGCUGGAUUAUUCGUUUUGAACGGAAGCCGCAACGACGACCCGGACGCUCCGUUUUGCGACCUGGCAUUGUGGAGGACUACGGCUGCCCAGGUCAUAACUAUUAUAUGA